CUUCAGCGUUCCAGCACUGCUGCCAACUGGUUAGUUCGAAAGGAUUCAAGAAGUAGCUGCAUCAUUUUCGUUAGUCGAUCUUGACAGUCAACAAGAGUAUUCUUCAAUUAUCUCGAAAUAUAGUUUCAAACACAUUACGAAAAUGAGUUUCGGAUUGCCACCCCUAAAAAACAAACCCGUCGUUAAUCCUGAUGAUUGCAGUAUGCAGGGUGGUAAUAUUUAUGGAUUGCCGAAUCCCAUGGUGGCUGGGCUUGGAGCGACUAGGCCAAAAGUAGGAUUUGCUCAUCCUCUCGAAGCUUCAGAACGCAAUUUUCACAAAAAUAGAUUGCAGAGAGAAAUGGUUAUGUUGAGAAACAUUCAAGGACUUCAUGCACCCAUGCGUUUAGCAAUGGAACUCAAAACUGCAGAUAAAGUUGGUCGAUUGCCGUUCCUCCAUUCGUCAAAAGUGAUGAGAGACGUCAUACUCGGACGAGAUGAGGAAAUUGGGUUCGAAGAUAUUCUGAACACCCAUGAAUUCAGAGAACAGAUGGGUCAACCUCACGCCAUCGUCGAAAAACAACUCGGUAUUCUGUAGUUUACGAUAUCAUUGCUGAAUUCAUUCGUCACGUAACUGAAUCAAUGAAUUCGAUUACUUUUUCUUUUUACAAUUUAUAUUAAUUCUACGCCAAUAAAAAAAUAUCGUUGCAUAGCGUAAAAGUAAAAA